GUAAAAUCAUGUAUAGUACCUAAAAAUGGAAAAAGUAGAAAGAUCACUAGAUCUCCUCCGAAUCCAAAAACACAAUCCAGCUAACUUUUUUCACAAUUUCUUUCUCCUUUAAAUAUGCAACAUAUAUAUUUUUGAGUUUCCACAAAAUAUUUUCUCAAGAGUUCUGUAAUAUUUUGUUGCUCCACAAGAACGAUGACGAAAGAGAUAGCUGAUGAGGUUCCAAACUUGGCAGAGUCGAAGUUAACAGCUCUGGUCGUCGAUGACAACUUUGUAAACCAAACCAUGCAUCACAAACUGCUGGACCGUCUAGGUAUCAGGAACGACGUCGUUUGCAACGGCCAAGAAGCUGUCGACGUUCAUUGUUCCGGGAGAAACUACGAUCUCAUUCUUAUGGACAUGGAGAUGCCCAUCUUGAACGGUAUUCAGGCGACAAAGAGACUGAGAGAGAUGGGGAUAGAGAGCAAGAUAGCAGGAGUAACAACUAGAGCUAACGAAGGAGAUAAGAAAGAGUUUAUGGAAGCUGGUCUUAAUGACUUUCAAGAGAAACCUCUCACCAUCUCUAAGCUUCUUUCUAUUCUUCAUAGACUUGACUUUUAUGUUCAAACCUGAUUAGUCUUCAUUAUUUGAUAGU